ACACGUGGCGCAAAACUAGCCUAACACAAGAAUAUAGAUUUCUACGAGGACAGAACACACCAACUUAAAACUAUGUGAGGAGAUUCCCAACUGUAUAAUAAUCAUACUGUCAUAAUCACUCCUGGGACGGGAAAGGACACCCUUUUGAAAGGAUAUUUUGGUUUGCAGCAUUCUUAUCUUGUGUAUACUGAGAGAUUCUUCUACUGUUACUUUUGCAGCGUCUUCUCCCUAUCAAAAGCAGGUACUUUUGAAAACAAUAGGCAAAGAGAAACAAAAAAAAUGGGUGCUCUGGAUCAUGUUUCUGACCUGUUCGACUGUUCUCGAGGCAGUUCCAAGCUCAAGAAACGUAAGCAGUUGCAGACGGUGGAGAUCAAGGUGAAAAUGGACUGCGAAGGAUGCGAACGCAAAGUUAAAAAAUCAGUGGAAGGGAUGAAGGGUGUGACGCAAGUGGACGUGGAACGCAAGGCCAACAAACUAACAGUCGUUGGUUAUGUUGACCCAGCGAAGGUGGUUGCACGCGUGGCACAUCGGACGGGCAAGAAGGUGGAACUAUGGCCCUACGUGCCUUAUGACGUGGUGGCCCACCCUUAUGCUCCUGGGGUCUACGACAAGAAGGCCCCAGCUGGGUACGUUCGCAACGCUGAGGACAACCCGCAGGUCUCGCAACUCGCUCGAGCUAGCUCUACUGAAGUUAGAUACACCACAGCUUUUAGCGACGAAAACCCUGCUGCUUGUAGUAUUAUGUGAUUGAUUCAGUACAAUAUCAAAUAUUUUGUGGUAGUUUGUGAAAUAAUUUGUGUUGAAAAUUUGUUGAUUUCGUUAUAAAUUGUACUGUUGGAUCUAUUCUGUUUGUGUGUUUUGGAUAUUUGGCCAGUUGUAUCAAAAUGUUUAGAUUUUGUUUCAAUUUAAUCUAUUUUUUAGAGGUCAAAUGCUUUCAAGGGUGUAUUUCUUUUCAUCUUUAUGUGGUGGUGCCGAGGGUGAAAAUUUUGAAAUCACAGAGUUAGUGAUGAUCCAACAGGGAAGCCACUGAUGAUGGUUCACGAGUCAUUUUCACAUUUACUUGGAUGUGAAGUGGGAACAUUCAGGUCACAAUAAAUUUAAGCUGCAUAAAUGGUAUGGAUCAUAAUGCCUACAAUGGUCCACACUCCACAGCUUUGACCUGCAAAAUAAAGUCUGAGAGUGAGGGGCUUUCAAAACAAGCUUUUAGUUCAGUAAGAUUGUACGCGCAAAACACAACAUUUGCUUCAACUUUCUAGUUUGUAACAAGACAUACAUAAUUGCAUGGUUUGGAAACAUAAGAAAAACACUGGUUUUGGGAUGUCGACUGGCAGAUUGGUCUUGGAUUUACAUUUUCUUCCUUUCCAUGCAACCCCAAUUGGAUACAAUUCAAG